CAGGUUUUUCCACCAUGUUUGGGAAGAAAAAGAAAAGGCUUGAAAUUUCUGGACCCUCUAACUUUGAGCACCGGGUUCACACUGGAUUUGAUCACAGAGAACAGAAGUUCACUGGUCUACCUCAGCAGUGGCACAGUUUGCUUGCAGACACGGCAAACAGGCCGAAGCCUAUGGUGGACCCUUCAUGUAUCACUCCUAUCCAGCUGGCUCCUAUGAAGACUAUCGUUAGAGGAAAUAAACCUCGCAAGGACACUUCAAUCAAUGGCCUACUAGAAGAAUUUGACAAUAUCUCAGUGACACGUUCCAAUUCCCUCCGGAAGGAAAGCCCUCCCACCCCACACCAAGGAAACUCAAACCAUGUACAAAGCCACCAGGAGGAAAAUGGUUAUCUCACAUAUUCUCAAUAUUCCAGUGAGUCGGACGCCACGACAGACUAUGUCACUGACAAACACAGAGACAAGAGCCUUUUUGGGGAAGAGUUAGACAGAUACUGCAAAGGUAGCUAUGCCAUGAAGCAAAAUGGACACAUGAUAAAAACAAAACCCACAGAUGCCUAUUAUUCAGAGGUUAAGCCCUUAAAGUCAGACAUCUUGAGGUUCCUUCCAGAUUAUAACACGCACAUGGAAACAAAAAGCAAACCAAUCGAAUAUGGUGGCCUAAAGCUGGAAUAUCAAAGGGUUCCAAGUGGAUCCACGCUAGACUAUAGAGAACCCUUUCACUAUGCUCCUUCUAGAACUUCAGUGCAAAGCGAGUGCUCUAAAGAAAGACUGGAAUACAGUGACAGCGAUUGGGGAAGUGGACCCGGCAAGGAUGAUUAUGAGAAAAGACCAAAGUCAUCUUAUGUAAACCAGGCAAGUCCUCAACCAACCAUGAGACAGAGGUCCAGGUCAGGGUCUGGCCUUCAGGAACCAGUCAUGCCCUAUGGAGCAAGUGCUUUUAAAUCCAGUCAACAAGGACAUUCAUAUAGUUCGUACACCUACCCUCGCUUGUCAGAAACUGCAGCAGGCAUCCCGAAGGUGGAUUAUGAUCGCGCACAGAUGGUAGUUAGCCCACCACUAUCUGGAUCAGAUACCUACCCCAGGGGCCCAACAAAGCUACCUCAAAAUCAGAGCAAAGUUAGUUAUACAAGCCCUGGCUACCAAUACCCUUCAGUCUACCACAAAGCUGUUCAUUAUCACCAGCCUUCAUUCCAGUCAAGCUCCCAUUAUAUCUCCACGGCUUCUUACCCAAGCUCCCCAAGCAUCACGUCAAGUGCUUAUCCACCACCCAGCUGGGUUUCAUCAUCAGAUCAGCAACCCUCCAGGGUGUCUCAUGAACAGUUCAGAGCUGCCCUGCAGCUAGUUGUCAGCCCUGGUGACCCUAGGGAAUACUUGGACAACUUUAUCAAAAUAGGAGAAGGUUCCACUGGAAUUGUUUGCAUUGCCACUGAGAAGCACACAGGAAAGCAAGUUGCAGUGAAGAAAAUGGAUCUCAGGAAACAGCAGAGAAGGGAACUACUCUUCAAUGAGGUUGUGAUAAUGAGGGAUUACCAUCAUGAAAAUGUGGUUGAUAUGUACAACAGUUACCUUGUUGGUGAUGAGCUGUGGGUUGUGAUGGAAUUUCUAGAAGGUGGAGCUUUGACAGACAUUGUGACUCACACAAGGAUGAAUGAAGAGCAGAUAGCUACAGUUUGUUUAUCUGUACUGAAAGCGCUGUCCUACCUGCAUAAUCAAGGCGUUAUUCACCGUGAUAUCAAAAGUGACUCCAUACUUCUUACAAGCGAUGGAAGGAUUAAAUUAUCAGAUUUUGGGUUUUGUGCCCAAGUGUCAAAGGAAGUCCCAAAAAGGAAAUCCCUGGUUGGAACACCAUACUGGAUGGCGCCAGAGGUAAUAUCAAGACUGCCGUAUGGAACAGAGGUGGAUAUCUGGUCACUUGGUAUCAUGGUCAUAGAAAUGAUAGAUGGAGAACCACCAUACUUCAAUGAACCACCGCUCCAAGCAAUGCGCAGAAUCCGAGAUAACUUACCUCCACGGGUGAAGGACAUACAUAAGGUAUCCUCAGUCCUUCGAGGGUUCUUAGACUUGAUGUUGGUGAGGGAGCCCUCACAGAGAGCAACAGCACAAGAACUACUAAGGCAUCCAUUUUUGAAAUUGGCAGGCCCUCCUUCCUGUAUCGUGCCACUCAUGAGACAAUACAGGCACCGCUGAGUUGAAUGAACCUUCAGGUGGAGGGCUGUACAGAGGAUGGAUAAAGACUUGUGAAGGAACCCAGAGAUUAUGUGGAAACCAUGGGGAAGGGCAACAGAAUGGAAAUGUAUGACCAUCAAAAGCAUUCUGGAAAUAACUCGGUGUACAAAGUAAUGAGGCGCUCUCCAGAGUUAUGAAGGACUUUCUACAGUUCUUUGCCAUUGAAUCAGCUGGCUUCUAGCACUAUUGUGUGGAGCAGAUCUCUCAUAGACAGUUCACUUUGUCUUUCAGCCAUCAAAGCAGAAGGACCCAAUUAUAAACAUGGUUGAUAAGAAAAAAUAAUAGAAUAUAGCACAACCAGGAUGAAACACCAAGAUUUUAUUGAAGAAAAAAAGCUAAUGUUAUGGCACUUCUAUUUUGGAAGAUCACUUUUCUGGCAAAAAGCACUUUUUAGCUCAAUCAUAGCAGUGUAAUGUAUUUUGAAAUGAAUUUGUAAUUUUCUGUACAGUACUUUUUGAUAAUUUACAGUACUUUGAUGUCAUGUAACCAUUGUGCUUGUUGAAGUAAUAUGUAACUUAGAAAAAGUUUGAACAAGACCUUUCCUACUUUUUUAUCCCUUUUGAAAAGAGAAAAAAAAAUUAGGAGCUUAGAAUGCAAGCAAAUUUUCCAUCAGCUUCAGCCAAAUACACUUAUUACUUUUAAAGGAGUGUAAACAGCAGAGGCAGAGAUGGGUG